CUAGGGCCCCUUUGAAAGCCCGGAGGAUCGGACCCCUGUUCAAAACGAGCUCUGUCUCUACGCAACCGUAUAAAGUCGCCGACUUUCCGACCGAAACUGCAGGCUGCUGCAGCCACGCAUCGGGAGAAAAAGAUGGCUCGCCCUAUGUCCGGCGUCGGCCCCGCUAAAACCCCCGCCGUCAAGCUCCCUAUUGCCGUUUCCUCUCUCUCUUCAGCCUCCUUCUGCGGAGGCAGGACGAGGCUGAGGAUGCUCUCCGCCGCCUCUUCUUCCUCUCCGGCGAAGGCGAGCCUGACCCACCGUAAUGUGUCCUUGGAUGCUUUGAUCAAAGGGGAUCGCAGGGAAGAGGUCUUCAGCGCCAUUGACGAGUCUUUGACCAAUUGUCUCUCUGAGACGAAUCUCCACUUGACCGUUCCUGGGAUUAAGUCCAAAACCAGGGGCAAGGUGAGAGAUAUAUAUGACUAUGGGGAUUAUCUUAUUUUGGUUACAACUGAUCGACAGAGUGCCUUUGACAGAGUUCUUGCUUCCAUACCUUUUAAGGGCCAGGUUCUUAACGAGACCAGCUUAUGGUGGUUUGACAGAACGCAGCACAUCACUUCAAAUGCAGUAGUGUCAGUCCCGGAUAAAAAUGUCACAAUCGCAAAGAAGUGUUCUGUUUUUCCUGUUGAGUUUGUUGUUAGAGGAUUCGUCACUGGAAGUACUGAUACAUCAUUAUGGACGGUGUACAAGAAGGGGGUGCGAAGCUACUGUGGAAAUGUUCUUCCAGAUGGCUUGGUUAAAAAUCAGAAGCUAUCUUCAAAUAUACUUACUCCAACAACCAAGGCCGCUACUCAUGACGUUCCUGUGACACCUGAUGAGAUCAUUGAACGCGGGCUGAUGACUCAAGCUGAUUAUGAUGAAGCAAGUAGAAAGGCAUUAAGCUUGUUCGAGUACGGGCAGCAAGUGGCUCUGGAGCAUGGCAUGAUAUUGGUUGACACAAAAUAUGAGUUUGGAAAGGGAGAGGAUGGAUCUAUUCUUUUAAUUGACGAGGUGCAUACUCCUGAUUCGAGCAGAUAUUGGAUUGCCCAGUCGUACGAGGAACGCUUUCAAAAUGGCCUUGAACCUGAAAAUGUCGACAAGGAAUUCUUGAGGUUGUGGUUCAAAGACAAUUGCAAUCCAUAUGAAGAUGAGGUUCUCCCAGAUGCUCCUGAAGAGCUUGUCAGGGAACUGUCAUGGCGAUACAUUUUCUUAUUCGAAACAAUAACCAAAUCCAAAUUUGAGGUGCCAUUGACAGAGGAACCUGUACAUGAUCGGAUAUCUCGAAACGUGGAAACGGCAUUGGCAUCCUUAAAGUGAGCAUAGAGAUUGUUGGUAGCUGAAGCUGAGUUAUACAACAUUGCAUUUACUCAAUAAACUUGAUGAAAUUUGGUGGUCCUGUGUGGUGGUGCUGUUGUGUUUCGUAUGACAUAGAUGUAACUUGCAGGGACAAAAUAAAGAACUUGUGAAAGUAAGUUGAUCCUGAUUGUGGCAAUGCUACCGGCAAAAAUCGUUUCUUAUGUUGGAGUUUGUAGACCAUGAAUGUAAAAUUUUCAAUUUGCGGAAUUUCAUAUGCAGUCUUUAUAGUUGAGACACAAACUUAAAAAAUAAGAAAAGCAUGAUGAGUUUGUUUCUUGCAA